UGUGAUUGCAUGUCUUCGGUUGCAUGUCAUUGUGCAGCUCUAGUGCGACGUAAAUAAACUACUACUACUACCAUUUUUCUUUCAAUUCAAUCUGGUUCUCAUGCGAUAUUUUAGCGCCGUCUAUAGUUUAUUUUGGUUGACUCAAACACACAAGCUAAAAGCCGAAUUUGCUGAAUAGAUAGCAAUCUCAGCUAAUAUCCAACCCUUUUGCAAUCUGAAGUCGAUUCUCUUUGUUCAUAUAAAAUUGAAAGAUCCGUAAUUUGUAUCAAAUUUCAAUUACUUCAACACUUACAAGUCUAUCAAUCAUCAUGUGUGGGGGCUUCACGUGCUCAAGAAAUGCAUUAAUAAUUUUAAACUUACUUUACGUGGUAGUAUCAUUUACUUUGAUUGGGGUAGCUGCCUACGGAAUUGCUGCGAGUUUUAUCACAAGCUUGACUAUUGUUGGAGGAAUAAUAGCAUGUGGUGUUUUCCUGUUUCUUUUAUCUGUAAUGGGGUUGAUUGGUGCUGCAAGGCAUAGCCAAGUUUUGUUAUUUUUCUAUAUGGUCAUUUUAUUUUUCCUUUUUGUUGCUCAGUUCAGUAUUGCUUGUGCUUGUUUGGCUUUCAAUGAAGAUCAGCAGCAUAAAAUUGCAUCUGAAGGAUGGCGCCAAGCUUCAAUGGGAUUGCGUAAUGAAACACAAUUGUACUUUGAUUGUUGCGGAUUUGAAAAUUCCACUUUGCCUGAUGGAGAUCCAAUGCAGCAAGCAGAUUGUUCAUAUAUACCAUUCUGCCGAGAACAUCCUACAGUUUGUGAAGAUAGCAAAAAUACAUGCUGGAGAAAACUGCAAACUGUGAUCAACAAUGCUGUUAAAAUUAGUGGAGGCAUAGGGCUAUUUUUUAGUUUCUCUGAGUUUAUUGGUGUAUGGCUCACUGUUCGUUAUCGUAACCAGAAAGAUCCACGCUCUAACCCACAUGCCUUUUUGUGAAUCUGUCUAUCUGUGUGAGAUUUUCAGCAUUUGGUUAGUUUAUCGUUAUCGACAGCAAAAAGACCCUAAAAUGGAUCCCACUCUGUUGUUUAUAUAGUUUUAAAUGUUGAAUAAGUUGGUUUUACCAGGGGAAAGUGUAUUAUUUUGUAUUUAUAAAACUACAGUUAUUUGUA